AUGGUUCACUACAAAUUGUCAUAUUUCCCAAUUCGUGGAGCCGGAGAAAUUGCUCGUCAAAUUUUCGCGGUUGCCGGACAAGAGUUCGAAGAUGAGCGAAUUCCACAAGAUCAAUGGCCAGCUAGAAAGAGCUGUGAGUUUUUUGCGGUAGAGCGCAGUUGAUAAAAAUUUUGAAAUUUAUAAAGGGAAAAUCGAGGGACUAGAUUUUCAACCUAGAAAAUCUAGUCCCUCGUCGAAAUAACCAAAUUUUAAAUCGAGCGCCGAGCGCGAGUGUAAACCGCAAGCUUCCGCUUCAGCGGCCACCUGGUUUACUAUGAUAUGGCAAACGUCAUAUUAAUCCGCGUGGCCGCUGCGCGGAAGCUUUCGGUCUACACUCUCUUCGCUCGAAAUUCCCUUUUCCAAGUCCUAUUCUGAAAUAUCCGAUAAAAAUCUGAAAACUGGAAUUUUCAGCACAAAUUAUGGGACAAUUCAGUAACUAUAAACUAGUUUCUGAAUCGUCCCAUAAUUUGUGCUGAAAAUUCCAGCAUUUUUCAGAUUUUUAUUGGAAUUUCAGCGGAGAUGCGGAAGCUAUGCCCAAAAUUCGAGCGAAGCGAGUGUAAACCGCUAGAUUCCGCGAAGCGGCACUGUCUUCCGCUUCAGCGGCCACGUGGUUUACUAUGAUAUGGCAAACGUCAUAUUAAACCGCGUGGCCGCUUACGCGGAAGGUUGCGGUCUACACUCGCUCCGCUCGAAUUUCCAAGUCCUAUUCUGAAAUAUCCGAUAAAAAUCUGAAAACUGAAAUUUUCAGCACAAAUUAUGGGACGAUUUAGUAACUAUAAACUAGUUUCUGAAUCGUCUCAUAAUUUGUGCUGAAAUUCCAGCAUUUCUCAGAUUUUUAUUGGAAUUUCAGCGGAGAUGCGGAAGCUAUGCCCAAAAUUCGAGCGAAGCGAGUGUAAACCGCUAGAUUCCGCGAAGCGGCACUGUCUUCCGCUUCAGCGGCCACGUGGUUUACUAUGAUAUGGCAAACGUCAUAUUAAACCGCGUGGCCGCUUACGCGGAAGGUUGCGGUCUACACUCGCUCCGCUCGAAUUUCCAAGUCAAAUUCUGAAAUAUCCGAUAAAAAUCUGAAAAACUAGAGAAAAUCUAGCAUUUUUCAGAUUUUUAUCGGAAUUUCAGCGAAGAUGCGGAAGCUAUGCCCAAAUUUUGAAUUUUUCGAGCGAAGCGAAUAUAAACCGCAAGCUUCCGCGAAGCGGCACUAUCUUCCGCUUCAGCGGCCACUUACGGUGGAAGUUAGCCUAACUUGGCCGCUUCGCGGAAUUUUCCGCUCGAAAAGCCGUUUUCCAAGUGCUUUUCUGAAAUAUCCGAUAAAAAUCUGAAAACUGAAAUUUUCAGCACAAAUUAUGGGACGAUUCAGUAACUAUAAACUAGUUUCUGAAUCGUCCCGUGCUGAAAAUUCCAGCAUUUAUCAGAUUUUUAUUGGAAUUUCAGCGGAGAUGCGGAAGCUAUGCCCAAAUUUUGAAUUUUUCGAGCGAAGCGAGUGUAAACCGCAAGCUUCCGCGAAGCGGCACUGUCUUCCGCUUCAGCGGCCACGUGGAUUUGCUAUGACGUGGAAACUGUACCAUCGCAAAUCCACGUGGCGGCCUACGCUAGAUUCCGCGUCAGCGGAACUAACUUCCGCCACGCUUUACCUUCAAAAAAGUUGUUUUCCAGCCACUCCAUUCGGUCAAUUGCCAGUUCUCACAGUGGACGGCAAACAAUUGGCUCAAUCUCACGCCAUUGCUCGUUUCCUUUCCCGCCAAUUCGGUUUGAAUGGCAAAUGUGCGUGGGAAGAAGCGCAAGUCAACGCAAUCGCCGAUCAAUUCAAAGAUUAUCAAUCGGAAGUUCGCCCAUAUUUUGUUGUUUUGAUGGGAUUCGCACAAGGAGAUGCUGCCAAACUCAAAGAGGAGACUUUCCUUCCAGCUUUCAACAAACACUUCCAAUUGUUCUCGAAUAUUUUGAAGGCGAAUGCGAGUGGUUAUUUGGUUGGAGAUAGCCUAACUUUUGUUGAUUUGUAUUUGGCUCAACAUACUAGCGAUUUAUUGGCUGCGGAUUCGUCGCUUUUCGAUAAAUUCCCCGAAUUCAAGGCACAUCAACAAAAGGUUCAUUCGAAUGCGAAUUUGAAGAAAUGGCUUGAAACCAGACCACAAACUCCAUUCUAG